CUCACUCGACAGUUCUUUUUAUCCUUUCUGUAAAAAUAUCUUCCCUCUCUUCUAUCUCUCUCCCACGCCAUGGCUUCAAAAUCACCCCAGCCCACAGUUAACUCCAAAAACCUCCAAUCAUCCUUUGACACCCUCAUCGACAACUACACUUCUACAACGCCCGCUCGCGUCAAGCUCAUCGACGCAUUCUUGCUUUUCAUCCUUCUGUCAGGCAUUCUUCAGUUUGCCUACAGGGUUUUGAUCACUGUGUAUCCCUUCCAUGCCUUCGCUGGAGGGUUCGGAUCAACUGUUGGACAGUUUGUUCUUUUGGCGGGUCUGAGAGCGCAGGUUGCUCCCGGACGUGAUGGAGAGUUCAAGGAAGUUUCUCAAGAACGAGCAUUUGCAGACUUUUGCGCAGCAUCUGUUGUCCUUCAUCUUUUCGCUUUCAACUUCCUGGGCUAGAUGUGUAUAGAUGAGAAGCAUGUAAGAUCAUUACUAUAGCAAUAUAAAUUAAGUGGUCGUUGGCCAUUACUCCUGGAAUCGAAUCGACUGUCGACAGCAGACCGUGAAAGCUAUCGUGGGUAUCAUCAAUGCUAGAUAUGUG